UCAAUCAUUCCUUGCUAGAUAUUUUACAUGUUAGUGUCUUAUUUCAAUAAAGUGCUUUGUUAAAUUUUUCUUUCACGGUAUUAAAGAGGUAGAUAAGCGUUUAUGUUACCAUACUGGAUACAAAGUUACAUGUUAAAUUGUAAACGAAUCUAUUACAUGACACAUUAAGAUAAGCGGGAGCGUACAUGCAUUUGAUAAAGUAAUGACAGAAAUAACCAGACAGAGGGCUAAAGGUUUUAAUUUAUCGGCGGGAAAGAGACAAGCCAUAAUCACAAGAUUACUUUGCAAAGCUAAAAUUAAAAGCUGAUGUAACAUUGAAAGCGAAGCCAUAAUGGCAACAAACAACACAAUUCUGUGUGUACCAUGCAAAUCGCGUGGUGUUUCUUUAACAUCUGUGAAGUACUGUAAAACUUGCAAAGAGCCAUUAUGUAAAUGUUGUGCAGAAUGUCACAAAACAUUUAAAGCAACGAAAGAUCAUGAAUUGACUCAAUGUGUGGAGCAAAAGUCACUGCUUGCAACUUGUAAUGAUUUAGGAAAUCUUCAGAUGUGUAAUCAACACCCUAACAAACAGACCGAGUUCUAUUGCGCUGGUCAUGAUACAUUGUUGUGCAGCUUCUGUUUGCUUAAAUCAGACAACCACAAGCAGUGUGCAAAAAUAAUCGAAAUAGAUGGUGCCGGGAAGUCCUUUAUUAGCAGCCACUUUACGGACAAUGUCAUAGACGCAUGCCAAAAGACUUUCGAAUCAACAGAAAAUACCAUAACUGAAAUUGAAAAAGCUAACGAAUGUGCAAGUAAAAGUAUAGACGCUUUGCGGUGCGAAAUCGAAGGCAUUCGUUCAAAAAUGCUUGAAGCAUUUGAUCGUCAAACAAACCAUAUAAUGCAGUCAGUUUCUGGUGACUUUCUAGACAAUAGUACUAAAUGUAAACAGGCGAUAAAGAAUCUAGAGAACUUUGAAAAGAGAGUCAAAGAAAGUGAAACAAUUUUUAAGAAUGCCGUUGAAAAUGGAGCAACAGCUGACGUGUUUAGAGGCGUAAUAUCUGUUCUUGGACAGUGUGAGCAUUUCCAGAAAGAAAUAGAACAGACAGAACGACUUUGUUCACGGCAGAAAGUUACAUUUGAAAGGUCUGACCUUGUCCAUGCCUUAGUUGUAGACCAAAAUCCAUUACUGCUCUGCAACUUAGACAAAGCUGAAUUGAAACUGCCAAACAGUCACCCAGGUCGACUAAAAAGUGAUUUCAGAAACCACAUUGCUUUAAUACCAAAUGACAUUGUUUCAAAGGACACAGAAGGGCAACGCGAUAGUAUCGUAGAAAGUCAAUCUAGUCCCGAAAGUCUGUCUUCAAGGUUAACUCACGAUUUAAAAACUUCAAGCAGUGAUGCUGAAAUAGAGGAAGAAUUUGGUGGUUCAGCAUCUGUCAAGAAGCAUCAGUCAUUUCUUAAUAUUGAAGUCUCGUAUAGCAGAAGCUUCGACGUAGAACUGUCCGAAGACGCGAACCCUUGGUUUGGUGGUAUCGUGUGCCUUCCAGAUGAAAGACUUAUCUUGUCUGACUAUAAUAAUAAACGAAUAAUCAUGGUUAGAAAUGACUCUAUCAUCUCAGAAAAAGAAAUUGAACUCAAACCUGGAAAUCUAACUCUUUUCAACCAAUACUUGGUAGUUUGCCUUAUGAAGAAAAACAAAUUGCUGAUUAUGAAGAUAAAAGAGAAUGACCUGAAAGAGUACAGCUAUUUGCAAACUCGAUAUCAUCCAAAAUAUGUGCAAACCGUUGAUCAUGAAAGAAUACUUGUUUCAUCUCAACAAAGAAAUGGAGAAUGGUAUCUGGAUCUGAUGAAAUUGCAAGGACAGAAGUGGCGUAGCACCAGAAUUAAUGUUGAACUCACAGGCAGUUACGAUGGAUAUAAGCUCGCUGUUCAACAUGUCCCAGAUCUACAGGGUUUUCGAAUUAUUCAAUGCUGUGAGGACUCAGACACAGUGCAGUGUUAUCAUGAAUCCGGUGGACCAGCUAUAUUUCAGUACGAAGCUGAAAAUACGUCGUCAGUGAUAACCGAUCACUUCGGAUACAUAUUUAUAACCAGGCACCCAGGGGAAGUGCAAGUCCUGGCUCCAGACGGAACCUAUGUCACAUGUAUUCAUCGAAAUGCAAUGCAACGGAUAAAGUUUUCAGCAUUUAACAAAUCAAUGGAUAAACUGUUUAUAACAACCUACAAGGAUUCGAUGAUACAUGUUUUAGAUGUUAAAAGAGAAGAAUAUGUUUAAAAAUAACUGCUCUAUUGCAAAUCUAUUAAAAUUGUCCCUUUUGAAAUAGUAAGGGCAGGAAUCAUUUUGAGAACAACAUUUGCCUGAAUUACGAACAUGAUGGUUUAGUGGCUAUUUUAGCAUCGGGUACAGCGAAAGUAGAUAACAUGGUAGAUCUUUUCGUGGUCAUAUGUUACAUUCCCGCGUUGGUUACACGUUAAGAACACUGACUUUUUGAGGUGCAUCAGAGUGAACGUUUAAGGAAUUACUGAUUUCUAUAUCCAUCAUAUUUAUUCUUUAACUUACUCUAGCACUGUUCGUUAUUUCACCACAGUGCAAUAUCUCCGGCUCAGACAUCGUUGGAAAUAUGGGAUUUUGUUUGUUGUAGAAACACUGUUGCUCUAGAGAUGAUUGCGUUUUGAAAGUGUUGUUACUAGACGCUACACUGUUCAUGUCUUAAUAUAGGUUACACUAUACAUAAUUUUAUAGAGGUUACAUUGUAUAUUUUCUAUAGAUGUUACACUGAACAUAUUUUAUAGAAGUUACACCGUUUUUAUUUUUAUAAAGGUUACACAGUACAUUUUAUAUAUGUUAUACUGUACACAUUUUACAGUGGUUACACUGUACAUAUCUCCAAAAAAGAGGUUACACAUUUUUAUAAAGGUUACACUGUACAUUUUAUAUAUGUUCUACUGUACACAUUUUACAGUGGUUACACUGUACAUAUCUCUAAAGAGGUUACACAUUUUUAUAAAGGUUACACUGUACAUAUUUGUAUAGAGGUUACACCGUCCAUUUUAAUAGCGGUUAAUAUAAUGUACAAAUUGUUUAUAAAGGUUACACUGUAAAUAUUUUGAAGAGGUUGCACUGUACAUGCUUUUAUAGAGACAACACUGUACAUUUAAUAGAUGUUACACUGUACAUUUUAUAGAAAUUACACUGUACACACUUUUAUAGAGGCUAAACUGUACAUUUUAUAGAUGUUACACUGUCCAUAGUUUGUUUUUAUCAAUAACACGUAAUCAAGCAUAUAUGUUCUAACAUGUAGAUUAUAAUGUAAAACAAAUAUGUGCAUUUUUUAAAUGAUGCUUUUCAAUAUUUUUUUAUAUUUUAUCGUAUUUUAAACCGUACCAUAAUUCAUGAUAUCUUGGUUUAGUUUUGAUUUACUAUUACCGGAAUCGUAGACAGAGCGCUUCGGAACUUGCCAACGUUGUCCAUUAAACUUUGGAGGUGAAUACAAGUGAAGUAGUGGUAGCAAAUGAUUGAUGGAGAAAUUGAUAAAUGGAAAUCAAAAGAAAGAGUAUUUACUAGAAAGGGUAGAUAGAAGUUUAGAACCUAUAGAAUGUUUAAGUCUGUCUUUUAGACUGAAAAUUAUGUAAAACAACAUUUACCAUUUCAUUUCGUAGAGCUGUGGCUUUAUUUAGGUGUUAUGUACCGCAAGUUCGACUAGUAACUGGGAGGUAUGGAAACUGUUUUAACUUUAUAAAUCUUUAUGAAGUCUUAAAACGUGUUUUCUUACACUGUCCUCAUGGACGAAUUGUAUGCAUCUAUCAGAACUAUUGAUAGUCAUUAUGACAAGCUAUCUGGUGUACAGAAACUACAUACUCUGCAAACCGUGGAGCAGCUGCUUUAACAUCUGAAGACAUUUACUGUAGAUAGUAAGUAUAUUAUUUAGAGGGACUGUCGUAUUUGAUAUGUACUAAAAGGGUAUUGUAAAUCUGACAACAUAUAUCAAAUUUGAUUUGACGUGAAAAAUCAGUUUUGAACCAUUUUUAUAUGUAUUAUUUUAAUCAUUUGAACUGGUCUGAUUUUUUAAAAUUUAUCGAGGUAUUGUCGUCACAUGAUCGGCGUUGGUUAAGGUCGACUUUUCUUGAAUUUUGUAAGAGCAAUAGCUUUGAAACUUUGCAGACGUGUUACUGUUUAGGUUGUGAGGUCACACGUACAUCCAAUCCAUAACAAUUUCUGGUCUGUAUAACUUCUGGCCGCAGGAUAUCUUUCGACAUGACAUUAGAUUGGUAUGUAGACAGACCAAGAACCAUUGCCCCGACUUACAUUUUGUCAGAGUUGUGGCCCUUUAUGUAUUUAGGAAUUAGAAUUUCCUGUAAACAAUCAUUAGAUUAAUAUGUAGGUCAAGUACCACAACUCUCUCUUGCAUUUUGUCAGAAUUAUGGCCCAUUUUAAAUUUAGAAAUUUUACUUUUCUUGAAUACUAGAGUCUCGAAACUUUAUACAUUUUAUUUUCAUCAAUUAAGCAAGGAACCUUAGAGUUUUGUAGCAUGUUGCCUUAUGUCAAGCACUUUCAGAUGAAGGCUGGUAUCCGAAAGCGGUGCCCUUGUUACACAAACUUGUAAAAGUAAAGUCAAGGUAUGCAUUUUGGAUCUCAGUGUAUUGAUACACAUUUCUAGUUGUUUACAUAAGGAUCGAUUUACAACAUAGUACCUUAAUAUAAUAUACUUUUAAAAUAACAAUGACCUGUAUCGCUGUUCUCAAUAAUGUUGUUCAGAAAUACCCUAAUGAAUUGUAUGGAUAUGCAGACGACCAUAAAAUAGCUUUCAGAAUUCAAGCUGGAAAUGUGCAGAAUGAGACAAGUGUUCUUCAACAACUAAAUGAAUGUCUUAAUGAUGUGAUAUUGUGGAUGACAAAAUUCAAUUUUGAAAAUGAACAAUUCAAAAACUGGGAUCAUCAUAUAUGGAACUAAUGUGUGAAUGCUGGUGGAUGUACAGUGAAGUGUGUUGAUCAUAAGUAAGAGUUAUUUAUUAAUGUAAGCUAUGCUUUACCCGUCUCUUAUCAUUCUGUUUAGACUGGCAUAUGUACUUUUAUAAGAUUUUAUUAUGUUGUAUGGUGUUAUGCAAGACGAAAACUAUUUGAAAUUGAAUAUAAUUUGAGUUAUGAAAUUUUAUUUGUAUUUUUGUAUGUACGUAAUUUUCACAUUUGUAAGGGAUUAUGACAAAUGUCCUUACAUUUUUACUUUUCUUGCUGAAAUUGCAAAAUAUCUCCAUUACAUAUUUAGAAUUGAAUCCACAAAUGCGCGGUUAGACACUAAAGGGACUUCAGUUCAGUUUGUGGAGAUUUCGAGCCGGUGAUGCGGCUUCGAUACCUUUGAGGAUAUCAAUUGUUAAUAAUAUACGAGAGUUUAAGUACAGUUACCGUACACUAUUAAUUACACAUUUCAUAAUCACUUUUACAGUAUAUAUAUUUUGUUUCUUUUUAUGGAUAUAUAAUUUACAGUUUAUUUCGUUUAUGUGAAAUACAUUACAUUAUGUAUUUAACUUAAACAAUAAAGUUCAGUAUAAAAAA